CGGUUUGGCAAUUGACGAUAGGGCAGGCAAGCGCAGGCUGGUGGGUGGACGCGGACAAAGAUCGUUUUGGGCGUGAGCGAUUGACAAGAAGGACGGGGAAGGAAAGGCAAAGUACUUCUCUGUUGGUGUCCAUCUUCUGCCUUCCAACUCCGUGCGCUUUCCUUUCGGAAAGGACGCUGGAUUGAGGGCGCACGGGUGCGCACAGCAGCGGCCCGCGAGUCGGCAGGUGGAUAGCAGGAAGGGGAAGUUACCUUCCCCUCGGAAGGGGGCGCUGGCUCCCCCAUCCUUCCUUUAUAAUAAGGCCACCGGAGGAGAGGAAGCAGCCGUCUGCGCUCAGCAAAGCAUGCAGUUAGGCGAGCAGCUCUUGGUGAGCUCUGUGAACCUGCCGGGCGCGCACUUUUACCCGUUGGAGAGUGCGCGCGGAGGAGGCGGUGGCGGCGGCGGAGGCGGGAGCGCCAGCCAUCUCCCCGGCGCGGCUCCCUCGCCUCAGAGGUUGGACUUGGAAAAAGCUCCCAAGAAGUUCUCUAGCAGCCUCUCGUGCGAGGCGGGGAACGGGGAGCCCGCAGCCGCCAGCGCUGGGGCCCCCGUGGCCAUGCUCAGUGACGCCGACGCCGGGGACACCUUUGCCAGAGCCGCGGCGGUGGCCAAACCCGGGCCCCCGGACGGCCGCAAGGGCUCCCCUUGCGGAGAGGAGGAGCUGCCCUCCGCAGCCGCAGCUGCCGCCGCCGCAGCAGCAGCCGCCGCCGCCACCGCGCGCUACUCCAUGGACAGCCUGAGUUCGGAGCGCUACUACCUUCAGUCCCCGGGGCCCCAAGGCUCAGAGCUGGCUGCACCCUGCUCGCUCUUCCCGUACCAGACCGCUGCCGGGGCGCCCCACGGAUCUGUGUACCCGGCUCCCAACGGGGCGCGCUACCCCUACGGCUCCAUGCUGCCCCCCGGCGGCUUCCCCUCCGCCGUGUGCCCACCCGGGAGGGCGCAGUUCGGCCCAGGGGCCGGUGCAGGCAGUGGCUCGGGCGGCAGCGGCGGCGGGGGAGGCGGCCCCGGCGCCUAUCAGUACAGCCAGGGAGCUCCAAUCUAUGGGCCUUACCCUGGGGCUGCAGCGGCGGGAUCCUGCGGAGGAUUAGGGGGCCUCGGGGUUCCCGCUUCCGGCUUCCGCGCCCACGUCUACCUGUGCAACCGGCCACUGUGGCUCAAAUUCCACCGUCACCAAACUGAGAUGAUCAUUACGAAACAGGGCAGGCGCAUGUUUCCGUUCUUGAGCUUCAACAUAAACGGACUCAAUCCCACCGCCCACUACAACGUGUUCGUAGAGGUGGUGCUGGCUGACCCCAACCACUGGCGCUUCCAGGGUGGCAAGUGGGUGACCUGCGGCAAAGCCGACAAUAACAUGCAGGGCAACAAGAUGUAUGUUCACCCUGAAUCUCCCAACACCGGUUCCCAUUGGAUGAGACAGGAGAUUUCCUUUGGGAAAUUAAAACUCACCAAUAACAAAGGCGCAAAUAACAACAACUCCCAGAUGAUCGUCUUACAGUCUUUACACAAAUACCAGCCCCGGCUGCACAUCGUGGAAGUGACAGAGGACGGAGUGGAGGACUUGAAUGAGCCCUCCAAGACACAGACCUUUACGUUCUCAGAAACACAGUUCAUUGCCGUGACCGCCUACCAAAACACAGACAUCACUCAACUGAAGAUUGACCAUAACCCCUUUGCCAAAGGCUUCAGGGACAACUAUGACUCCAUGUACACCGCUUCCGAAAAUGACAGGUUAACUCCAUCUCCCACGGAUUCUCCUAGAUCCCAUCAGAUUGUCCCUGGAGGUCGGUACGGCGUUCAGUCCUUCUUCCCGGAGCCCUUUGUCAACACUUUACCUCAAGCCCGAUACUAUAAUGGCGAGAGAACCGUGCCACAGACCAACGGCCUCCUGUCACCCCAACAGAGCGAAGAGGUGGCCAACCCUCCCCAGCGGUGGCUUGUCACACCUGUCCAGCAACCUGGGACCAACAAACUAGACAUCAGUUCCUACGAAUCUGAAUACUCUUCUAGCACCUUGCUACCCUAUGGUAUUAAAUCUUUGCCCCUCCAGACAUCCCAUGCCCUGGGCUAUUAUCCUGACCCAACCUUCCCUGCGGUGGCAGGUUGGGGAGGUCGAGGUUCCUAUCAGAGGAAGAUGGCGGCUGGACUCCCAUGGACCUCUAGAACGAGCCCCCCUGUGUUCUCCGAAGAUCAGCUCUCCAAGGAGAAAGUCAAGGAAGAAAUUGGAUCAUCUUGGAUAGAGACACCCCCUUCCAUCAAGUCCCUAGAUUCCAACGAUUCAGGCGUAUACACCAGUGCCUGUAAGCGAAGGCGACUGUCUCCUAGCACCUCCAGCAAUGAGAAUUCCCCCUCCAUAAAGUGUGAGGACAUUCAUACUGAAGACUACAGUAAGGACACCUCCAAAGGCAUGGGGGGUUAUUACACUUUUUACACGACGCCCUGAAAGAGUUGUUGUGACCUCGUAAACACUCACUUCCAGCAGUUGGACUUGGUGGUGUUUCUCUUGUCUUCUUUGCGUAGGUUGCCAAAAAGACGUUUGCCUUCCACCUUGAUGUAUCUUGUUUUGUGCAAUUCUCUCAAAGAAGGUGCCAAAGCUUUUUGAUUGCUGCAGGUAACAAAAAACAAACCUGGCAAUUCUUUUUUUUGUCUUUUUUAAAAAUAAAGUUAAUGGAGGACUUUAAGCUGCUUUAGAAGUUGAAGGUUAUUUGAGGCUCUGGAUUUAUUUAUUGGAGACACUAAGCAGUCAGAGAAGCAGGCUGGUAAGACUGGGUGCCCAGCAUUAUCAAAUGAGUGAAAACUUUGCAUUCUCAUUUGUAUUUGUAAACCUUUAAACAGAAGCCCAGCGGGGUCAGGUGUUUUGCUUGUGGAAGAGGUGGGCUGAGUCUUUAACUCCCAACUGGGGACGUUUUGUUCUUACUUUUUGCCAGAGGCAAAAGAUGCGGGGGCCUGAGGGCCAAGAACAGCUUCAGUGAAAGGGCUGGUUUUACCUGACUUGAAUUCCUUGCAGCCUUCCGGAAUAAGCCAUGUGUGCCCUAGACCGGGAGUUCCUUCCCUCGAGACUGGCUAGGCCUCCACCUUGGCCUGCGCUGGGGUAGCCAGAAGGACUCAGGAGAAAGCAAGGGAGGAAGU